AUGCGCACAACUCUCCUAUUGUUAACCUUGCUACUGAUACUCUCCUGCAUCUGUACAUGUGCAGCAGCAGAGAGGAUACCACUGCCGGUACCACGUGUGGGUGGAUACGCUACAGAGGCGAAAGGACAAGGGGAGGAGGAGACGCAGACACACCUUAAAAUACCAAAGGAAAGUGAUAGCGCAGAAGAACAGCAAUAUGUAAAGUGGAAUAACGGUAAAUUCACUACUACCACACCAUCCCUCAGUAUGAGUGAGUCCAUGAGUGCCUCUGCCACUCUUCCUCUCCCUGACACCACUACUGUUGCCCCAACACCAGAGUCUCCAGCUGAUCAGCAGACUACAGGAACAGGAGAGGAACGGCCCGCCACUACUGAGGAGUCGAGUACGACGAGCACCGCAGCACCGAAGAAGAAGAAGAAGGACGGCGGCCGCGGCCCUGAGUGGCUACACGGCCCGCUGGUGCUGCUCGCCGCCCUCACCGCCGCAGCGCUGUGCUGA